AUGAUUUCUGCGAUAAGUAACGCCAAUGAACAAUGUGACGAAAAUAUCUUCGUAUUGAUUUCAUCGAGAACUGUUUUUCUAUACGAUGGAAAUCCACCGAGUGUCAUCUAUGAAACGAAACCAAACACAACUAUCGAACAAGGCUUGUUUCAUCGGCGAACUAAUACAAUUUUGUUACUAUUAAAUGAAUUCAAUACAACAUAUUCGGUCACUUCGUUAAACACACUCGACACUCUACAUACUUAUUGGAACGAAAAACUAAGUAACAAGGUUUAUUCGUCAACAAUUCAUCUCAGUCUUGGCCAACGUUAUCUGUAUUUAUUCGAUCCACGAACAUCACUUAUACAGACAUUUACUUUACCAUUAUCAGCUUCAGUGUUUAAACAAAAUGACCUACUUAAUCUACCUAAAACUGAACGGGCGUUGAGUUUCCUCAUUGAUGAGAACUUUCGAAACGCAUGGAUUCUCUACCAAACAAAUCAUUUUCAUCAACUCCAUGUUUGCCAAUUAGAAACAUCGUCAUGUCAGUUAUUAGUGAAUAUCUAUAAUCUAAUUUCGCCCAUCAAGAUGUUCAUCAGUUGGAAAUCUGAGCAAUUCUACAUUCACUCGCAGAACUACUUAAUGAUCUUCGAAUAUAAUCAUAACCAAACGGAUUAUUCUAUGCACUAUUUAAAUCUAUCAAGAGCAAAUCAAUUUUUGACUCUAUGCGAAUCCACAAACCGAAUCGAAUAUAUCUCGACGAAUCAACGUGAUGUAUGCUAUGAAACAUGUGAACAACUUCCGUGGAUAUCUGAUGAUACGAGUGAUAUCCACACAAUUCAACGACUACCGACACUCUCCAACAUAUUUUACUGCUCAAAACAACGACGAAUCAGCAAAAUUGUUCUUCUUGUUUUAAUUUUAAUCGAUCUACUCGUUCUAGCGGGUGUUGUUGUUUGGUCUGCAUAUAAACAUAUCUUCUCACCACCUAUGACGAAACAAUUGAGUUGUGGGACGAUUUCAACGAUCGAAAAAGAUUUCAUAACUUAUUUUUAA